AUGCCAAGUGCGAUGGAAAUCUUCUUCAUUUUUGUUGCAAGUACUGAGUUAGUCCUGGGUUUAGGAAAUGGAUUCAUCAGACUUGUAAACUACAUUAGCUGUGUAAAAAAAAAAAAAUUAUCUUGGAUUUGUUUCAUGCUCACUGGCUUAGCUAUUUCCAGAAUUUGUCCCCUGAUAUGGAUAAUAAUUUUAGACAGAUAUGUAAAGAUAUUCACUCCAGAUAUGUAUAUCUUUGGCAACUUUAUCUACCAUAUUAGUUUUCUAUAGGCAAUUUUCAAUCAUUCAAGCCUUUCAUUUACUACCAGCCUCAUCAUCUUCUAUUUCCUGAGGAUAGUAAAUUUUUCUUACUUCCUAUUUGUCUGGUUGAAGAGAAGAAUGAGCACUGUUUCUACCCUUCUGAUGGGAUGCCUGUUUCUGUUGUUUAUGUUUCAGUUUCCACAAAUUAUGAAGAAAAUUAAUGAUCUUAUCGAGAAAUACAGAAACACAUCCUGGAAGCUUCAUGCAGGUAACAGCGAGUUCUUUAUUGACUACCUUUUCAUUUAUCUAGGACUCAUUGUUUCCUUAGCCAUAUCUACAACCAUGUGUUUUCCGUUAAUCUUUUCUCUUUGGAGACACCACAAGCAGAUGCAACUGAAUGUCACAUGAGUCAGAGGGUUCAACACAGAAGCUCACGUGAAAGCAGUGAAGGUUUUAUUGCUUUUUAUCAUUCUUCAGGCCUUGUAUACUCUAGGCAUUGUCAUAGAAGUGUCAUGGGGUAUUGUGCCAGAAAAUGAACCUCUAUUUCUUUUUGGCUUGAUAAACACAGCCAUCUCUCCCCAUGUUCACUCAUUUAUUCUUAUUCUAGGAAACAGCCAGCUGAAGCAAAUCUCACUGAGGAUAGUACAGCGCUUAAAGUGCUGUAGGAAAGAUAGACUCCCAGGGCAACGUAGAGAGGCUUGUAGCAAAGUGGAUAUUCUAGGACAGCAACUUCAUACGAGAUUUAAUCACAUGUCAAAUUCCUUGGCUCAGUCAAGUUCCUGA